AUGGAGCCUCGUCCUUGCUCGUCCACAGAUGUAGAUUCCAUAUCACGGCAUUCGAGUAUUAUGACACAGGAUAGUGAUGACCGUGAGCUGUUAUGUGGUUAUGGAAGAUGUACACCACGGUGGCUUCAACGGUUUCAUACGACACGUUGGCUGUUAGCAGUUCUUGGAAUCUGCUCAUUUGUACAAAGCUUUGUUGUUAAUGCUAUAUUUCCAGUUGAUUUAUCGACACUGGAGAAAAGGUUUCAUAUGACAAGCACUCAAACUGGAAUUAUUUCAAGUUGGUAUGAUUUUGCAGUACUUUUAGCUGUUUUUCCGGUCUGCAAUUGGGGCAACAGUGGACAUAAAGGAAGGUGGAUAGGUAUCGGAACAUUUUUGAUGGGACUUGGCUCAUUCGUCUGUACCCUACCGCAUUACAUCAGUAGUCCUUAUCAUGUCGAAGAGGAAAAUCAGACGGCUGCUGAUUACGGUCAGUGUGUUUACAGAGACGAAAGUGCUUUUGUAUGUGACAUUGAAGAAGCAAAACCAGCGUCAUAUUUGAAUCCAUAUUUCCUUUUGUUUGUUCUCGGACAAACUCUUCACGGAUUUGGUGCGACACCAUUAUUUUCAUUAGGAACUGCUUACAUUGAUGAAAAUAUAUCGCAAAGUACUUCACCGCUUUACCUCGCUAUUAAUGCUGCAGUUACUGCAGUAGGACCUGUAAUCGGUCUUUUUAUCGGUGGAUAUCUUUUGAACAUUUACAUCGACUUCGAUCGCGUUGAUACAUCAAGGUUACCACUGAAAGAUUCGUCAGAUCCUCGAUGGCUUGGUGCUUGGUGGAUCGGUUUUCUCGUAUCUGCUAUUUGUGGUAUUCUUACAGCUUUUCCGAUUCUCUCAUUUGCAAGGGAGCUUCCUGAAGCAAAAAAACAUCGAGCAAAAGACGUUAACCAAGUACAUGCGGUAUCACAAGUGGACGACAAUGAUAUGAUAUUGAAGGGGAAGAUAAAAUAUUUGCCAAAAGCUAUCUGGAAUAUAUUACGAAAUCCAACGUUCUUAACCUGCGUCGUGUUGGGGAUAUUUGAUUCGAUUAUUUUGAACGGUUUUGCUGCAUUUAUGCCAAAAAUAAUUGAAGCUGUACUCAGUACUACACCGGCAAAAGCUUCAUAUCUUUCUUCUGUUGUUAUUUUCGCAGCUGCAGCUGGUGUACUGUUUGGUGGAGCGUUUAUCAAAUCUUUCAAUUUACAAGUUGGCGGUAUGUUGAAAAUGAUUUUUGUAUGCCAAUUACUAUCGUUAAUCCUUACAAGCUGUUUUUUAAUUCAAUGUCCGGCCCGUGAUUUUAUUGGCAUUAAUUUGAGUUACAAAAAUGAAAAAAUUAGAGGUGGUGCCAAAGAUUUGAUUGCGAAUUGUAAUGCCGAUUGUUACUGUAAGCCAGAAUGGAGCCCGGUAUGUCACGAGGGAUCUGGAAAUGCUUUCUAUUCAGCCUGCUUUGCUGGAUGUACCGACAAAAUGGAAUCCUUGACGGUUUUGAACUUUUUUCUGUGUUUUAUUUGA